GGAGUUAUUUCCCUUACUGGUAGUAAAUAUUUUGCUGUAGCAACAGUGUAAUUUAUUUCAGUUAAUUUGUAAGAAACAUAAACCUGAAGAUAUUAAAUUUUCUUAACAAAUUAAUGGUCGUAAACUGCAUAUAACAGACAGAGUAAAUCUACAUGAUUAGCUACACUUAGGCCCUGGGUAUAUAACUGACUGUAUGGAGACAAUGGUUUAAUGUGACUAAAUAAUGGAGCCGGACCCAGACGAGCACCAGCAUCCAGGAGAGGAAGACAUUAAAUGGGAAAAUGAAAGCAUUAAAGGUAAUAAGCCCAAAGGUUUAUACAGCAAGACAUCAGAAACUGCACGUGGCUUCAUCUCCACGGAGAGACAGUGUGCUCUCUUUUGUGGAGGUAAAAAAUGUAAAUACUGUACUGGUGAAGGCUGGGAGGAACAUGAAACUGUGAUAAAGGGACUGUACUCUCAGUGGGUGACUGACAAUAUUCUAGCCAUGGCAAGACCAUCAAAUGUGGGGAUCAAAAAACACAAUCUUGUUCAAAAGUUUCUUGAUGUUGGCAUCAACUCCAUAGUAAAUCUACAGAUAGCUGGAGAGCAUGCAGAAUGUGGACCCAGUAAGCUUGACCCAAGUGGAUUUCUUUACAAUCCGCAGGCUUUCAUGGAGAAAGGAAUUUUCUUUUACAAUUUUGGCUGGCCAGAUUAUGGAGUAGCAUCACUAAGUACUAUUCUGGAUAUGGUAAAAGUCAUGCAGUUUGCAGUGUCCCAGGGAAAAAUUGCUGUACAUUGUCAUGCUGGAAGAGGGAGGACAGGUGUUAUAAUAGCCUGCUAUCUUGUGUUCACAAAUAGAAUCUCGGGCAGAGAGGCAAUACAUUAUGUAAGAGAAAAAAGGCCAAAUUCUAUCCAGACGAGACAACAGAUGCAGGUUAUAGAGGAGUUUGAGCAGUACCUGAGACCAUUCCGAGUGGUAUAUGCCUCCAGGUAUACAUUUGUGACAAAAGAUUGCAUGAGUAUGAUAAUAUUUGACAAAAAAUAUGGCAUGAAUAUUAUCUAUACAGUGUGUGAGAGGUUGUUAGAGCUUGCCAAGAAAGGAAGUUCAUUACGACGACAAUUUGAGAAAGAUACAAAACAGCAGUCAGUGAUGAAUAUGAAGAAUAUGUUCUCCAGUGUGUCAAAGGCUUCACAUGAUGGCUCAGUAACACCAGUACAGCAGAGUUCAUCGAAAGACUCGUUAACAAAUGGAAAGCGGCGAUACAAACGUUCAUUGGCAGCCGUGCGCACUAGGUAUAAGAGUGUAAGCAUGGAGGACUUAACCGAUGAUAAAUUUUUAUCAGUUCUUGACGAUACAGAGAAUCAGUCUGUUGCUAGUUCUAACAGUGGUUUACAAAUGAAAACACCAGGAGUGAGUGAUGAAGAGGAUGAUGAUGAUUCGAUUAUUUUUGGUAACAGCACAGUGGAUAUAAAAUCAUCUGUGAAUGCUAGCAGUAGAGCUCAGGGAAGUGCUGACUCUAGUAGUAGAUCAAAUGGACGAUCGGUUUCUCCAGGAAGUGAGAACACGUCCGUGGCUGGUACUGGUUGUUGGAGUAUAGAUCAGUCAAUGACUGCAGAUAUGUCCGAGGAUCAUGUACAAGCUGUUGGCUAUUCUCUAUCUGCAAAUAAAAUAGAAUCCUAUGUUAGAGACAGAGCCAAUGACUUGCAGAAAGCAUUGAAUGAGACAGAUAAUGCAUGGACACAGAUUGUUACUGAGGGAGAUCCACAUGUACUAGGAUUGCUUCUAUGGGACUGGCUGGACCAACUCAAGGAACCAGUUUUAAGAGUACAGGAUCUUCAUGUACUUCUGGAUUGGGAAGAGGAACCACUUGUGGGAUUGCAGAAAGUAGAAAAGGGAAUAAGAUACACAAUAGAAUACCUAGUUAAAGUGAUCUCCAAGCUGAAGCCAUUGAAUGAGCAAACACUUGUAAAUUUAUAUGAAAAGUUACUAUCUCAUCUAACACAUCAGUGGGUAUCAUAUGACAGUGAAGAUUCGAACCACAGCUGGGCUAUGGUGAAUAGGACCAGUGAUAUGUCUGAUGAGAAAGAACACUGGGGUGUAAUGAGAACAGUAGAGGCUGAAAAAUUAUUUCAUUUCUUCCAUAACCUCCAGGAAGAACUUGUUGCCAAACAUAAAGUAACAAAGCGAGGACAUUGAUGUAGGAGAAAAAGGAUCUAGGAAUCUGAAUCAAAUUGCCUGUGACUUAACAGGAAAGAUGACAAAAUUAGCAGAGUUCCAGGAAGUAAACUUACAAAACUGUUUUGUUGGACAUUAUCCUGAAGUAGCUGUAUUUGUGCUGUUCAAAGAACAUAUCUUAAUCAGUUUUAUACAUGGGCAGUUUGUUGCCCUUCCUCUUCUUUGCACUCUUGGAAAGAGCAAAAUAUUUGCACAGCUAACAUCUGCUGUCCUUAGGAGCACAGCUAACAUCUGCUGUCCUUAGGAGCAAAGUUUUUGCCCUGCAAACCUUAAUUUUCCUGAAAGGAGCAAAUUGUUUCCCUUUUAAUAUCUGCUCUCCUAGGAAGAGGAAAGUUUUUAGCCCUAUUAAACUAUUUUCCUGAAAGGAUCAAAGUUGUUGCCCUACUAAUAUAUGCUCUCCUAGAAGGAACAAUGUUUUUGCCAUGCUGAACUCCUAAAGAAAGCAAUUGUUACCUUCUGGAAAGAGCAUUUUUUGCCCUGCUUAUCUCAGUUUUCCUGUGUGGAAGUGCUUACUUGAGCUCAGCGCACUAGUCUUAUGAUAUUUGUUCACUGAUAGAUGACUUUUACAUUUAAUAAUACCCCAGUGUGUGAGAUUUAUGCUCCUUUUUGAGCAUAUUGUAGCGUUGAAUAUAUUAUCAGUUUAGAUAGAAAUCAUUCCAAACAUUUAUGAAUACUUAAAAAAUCUAGUAGUAAAUAAAUGCUAGACAAGGAUGCUUUGCAAAGAAAUUAAAAAUUAUUUCAUUUCUUCCAUAACCUCCAGGAAGAACUUGUUGCCAAACAUAAAGUAACAAAGCAAGGACAUUGAUGUAGGAGAAAAAGGAUCUAGGAAUCUAAAUCAAAUUGCCUGUGACUUAACAGGAAAGAUGACAAAAUUAGCAGAAUUCCAGGAAGUAAACUUACAAAACUGUUUUGUUGGACAGUAUCCUGAAGUAGCUGUAUUUGUGCUGUUCAAAGAACAUAUCUUAAUCAGUUUUAUACGUGGGCAGUUUGUUGCCCUUCCUCAGCUUUGCACUCUUGGAAAGAGCAAAAUAUUUGCACAGCUAACAUCUGCUGUCCUUAGGAGCAAAGUUUUUGCCCUGCAAACCUUAAUUUUCCUGAAAGGAGCAAAUUGUUUCCCUUUUAAUAUCUGCUCUCUUAGGAAGAGGAAAGUUUUUGCCCUAUUAAACUAUUUUCCUGAAAGGAUCAAAGUUGUUGCCCUACUAAUAUAUGCUCUCCUAGAAGGAACAAUGUUUUUGCCCUGCUGAACUCCUAAAGAGAGCAAUUGUUACCUUCUGGAAAGAGCAUUUUUUGCCCUGCUUAUCUCAGUUUUCCUGUGUGGAAGUGCUUACUUGAGCUCAGCGCACUAGUCUUAUGAUAUUUGUUCACUGAUAGAUGACUUUUACAUUUAAUAAUACCCCAGUGUGUGAGAUUUAUGCUCCUUUUUGAGCAUAUUGUAGCGUUGAAUAUAUUAUCAGUUUAGAUAGAAAUCAUUCCAAACAUUUAUGAAUGCUUAAAAAAUCAAGUAGUAAAUAAAUGCUAGACAAGGAUGCUUUGCAAAAGUUCUGUUAUCAUCUAUUCAUACUAAAAGUUAAAAUGGAGCAUUCUGUUCUACCUCUGAAAAAAAGAAAGAAAUUAAAAAUGAACCAGAAGUUUAAAGUAGUGAUGUAUGUUAUAUAACAUUAUCAACACAUGUCAUGCAUAUGAUUAAAAAGAAAGUACUAUGCUUACCAAGUGAAACAUCUACAAUUUGAGGUUCUCUGUAUUAGGUAAUUUAGUCAUUCUGCAGCAGCAUUCCUUAAAACAAAGGUACAGAGAAUGUCAUUUACCCAUAGAAAUGCUUUGUACUAACAUUAACUGGAUUUCAAAUUCAUAGAAAGAUUGGAUAGAUUUAGUGGCAGGGUGUUUUCUUAAUGUUAUUUUAAACAUUAUUUGCAUUAUAUUACUGCCUUAAUAAGUCAGCCAUCACUUGCCUGAUUUUACCAGUUAGCAGGGCCAAAGAUUCUGAAACUGAAUAAGGGGACCAGUCUAGGAUUGCAGUCUUUACAUUGGUCAAUUUCAAAUGUGUGAUAGGAAACAACCAAUCAAAUACUAGAAUUUUGGGACUGGACUCUGAUUUCAUUUUCCAUGUAUUAUAUUGGAAAUAUUUUAAACAUUUAUGCAUGAAGGAAUCUCUUUAGUUUUAAUAUUUGGGUGGUACUUGUGACACAUUUUUGAGAAAUUAAUGUAUUUUGUUUUGUGUCUUUAAUAUAUUUUAAUCAAGAUACAUCCGCUGCAUUAUUAUUAUGUUUUUUUUUUAGCAUGAAGAAAUCUAGAUAUAAAAAAUAAGAGGAUUUUUAUUGUUUCAGUUUGAUGUAACCUACCUGUAAAACAAACAAUUUUUUCUUUGUUUUAUGGGUUUUUUCUUCAUUUGUUGUAACAAGCUGUUACAUGUUUGAUACUUUUUCACUCUUUGAAAAGAUAAUUGAUAUUUAACAUUUUCUCAGCGAAAUUACCAGAAAUAUUCCACACUCCACUUUAUCAGUAAUUCACUGUGUGACAAGUAAUAAAUGGUUUUAUCUUUGUUUAUACAUUAGCUUGUUAGUAUAACCUCAUUUUUAGCUCAUCUGAUUUUUUGAAAAAAAAAUGAUGAGUUAUUGUCAUCACUUGAGCGGUUGUCGGCGUCGGCGUUGCCUGGUUAAGUUUUAUGUUUAGGUCAGCUUUUCUCCUACACUACCAAAGCUAUUGCCUCGAAACUUGGAACACUUGUUCACCAUCAUAAGCUGACCCUGUAUAGCAAGAAACAUAACUCCAUCCUGCUUUUUGCAAGAUUUAUGGCCCCUUUUGUACUUAGAAAAUAUCAGAUUUCUUGGUUAAGUUUUAUGUUUAGGUCAACUUUUCUCCUAAACUAUCAAAGGUAUUGCUUUGAAACUUGCAACACUUGUUCACCAUCAUAAGCUGACCCUGUACAUCAAGAAACAUAACUCCAUCCUGCUUUUUGCAAGAAUUAUUGCCCCUUUUGGACUUAGAAAAUCAGUUUUCUUGGUUAAGUUUUAUGUUUAGGUCAGCUUUUCUCCUAAACUAUCAAAGCUAUUGCCUUAAAACUUGCAACUUUUGUUCACCAUCAUAAGCUGACCCUGUGCAGCAUGAAACAUAACUCCAUCCUGCUUUUUAUAAGAUUUAUGGCCCCUUUUGGACUUAGAAAAUAUCAAAUUCUUGGUUAAGUUUUAUGUUUAGGUCAUUUUUUUCUCUUAAACUAUCAAAGCUAUUGCUUUGAAACUUGCAACACAUGUUCACCAUCAUAAGCUGACCCUGUACAGCAAGAAACAUAACUCCAUCCUGCAUUUUGCAAUAAUUAUUGCCCCUUUUGGACAUAGAAAAUCAUUUUCUUGGUUGAGUAUUAUGUUUAAGUCAACUUUUCUCAUAAACUAUCAAAGCUGUUGCUUUAAAACUUGCAACAGUUUAUCACCAUCAUAAGCAGACGCUAUACGUCAAGAAACAUAACUCUGUCCUGCUUUUUGCAAGAAUGAUGGCCCUUUUUAGACUUAGAAAAUCAUGGGUAGGACAAUAUUUCUAUUAUACAAAAAAAUCAGAUGAGUGUCAGCACCUGCAAGGCGGUGCUCUUGUUCAAUAGUAUUAUAAUUACAUUAAUUCUAUACAAAGAAAUCAAGUUGCAUGGUAUCAGUAGAAUUAAUAGAUUUUUUUUCAGGCUUUCAUAUUUCAUUGAAAAUGAAUUUUGUUAUUCUAUUUAAAUCAAUCUAAACUCUAAAAAUUGGCAUUCUGUAACAUGUUGAAUCUUAAUUUUUCUUUGAAAAAGUAUUAUUUAACCUUUAGCCUGCUGGCGGCAAGUCAUUCUGCCUUUGUGACCAGUGCUGACUAAGAUCAGCCUGCACAUCAUGGUCUGCAAUGUUUGCUAUUCAGUCAGUAGAUUUUCGGUGAACACCCUUUCAAAUAAUAAAUGGUACUGCCCAAAUUGAAUGAUAGACUAGACCAUUUUAGAAAUUUAGCAAGGUAAAGGUAAAGAAUUUUUUGGUGUUACUUUAGAUUAAUUUUGUACAAAAUUCUGAAAUCUUAUUUACAUUUAUCAGUGGUUGAAAAUACAGGUUUGUGCUUUAUAUGUUUGUCAGUCUGUCUUUGUGUUCCAUUCUUGAAUGAUCCAUACCAGUUACUCUGCCAUCCAUCUUUGCAAAUAAUAAGACCAUAUAUUAUGUGGACUUAUUAUUUGCAAAACUUUUCUUUGUCAAUAACAUUAUCAUUAAGAAAUAAAAUAGAUAAAAUACCUUUUGAUUAUACAGUUGGUCAAAACUGUAAGGUUAUUCAUUCAUGACCUUGAUACCAGCAUUGGCACUCUUUGUGUCCUAAGAUAUAUUUUGGGCCAUUGAGCUCUUGUAAGUAAGUGUGAGGAUAAAUUGCCAAGAAUGCUGCUUGAGCAUUAACCUUUACCCUGCUAAAUUUCUAAAAUGGACUGGUACAUCAUUCAGUUUGGGCAGUAACACUUAUGGUACAAGGGGGUGUUCACUGAAAAUUUAAUGACUAGUGAACAAUGCAGACCAAGAUGCACAGGCUGAUCUUGGUCUCCACUGGUCACAAAGGCAGAGUCACUUGCCACCAGCAGACUAAAGGUUGAAUGUGCAAGAAACAAUGUGGCAGUUAGGUCAAGUAAGGGAUGACGUUCCAUGCAGUAAUACGAUAUUUACACUUAAAUAGUUGUUUAUCAGAUUUUAAUUUCAUGUAACCAGACAGUAUGGUGUAUUAAAUUUUGAAGUUUCUUUUCAAGUAAUUCAUCAGGUUGAAAUUUCAAACUGAGAUUCCUGUUUUUCUUCCAUUACACAUAUUUUGAUUGUGUUGAAUGGAUUGUAAAAUGUGCUUAAUAUUACAUAAUGCCUUUCUCAGCCGUCCUAAUCUGUUGUUGAUUUAUUGAUGUUAUUUAUUUGACACUCAUACAUGUUGUUUGACAGCAUUUCAUUACUAUGUUUUGUUAAGAAAUUGAUACCUUGUAAAUGUAUGUUGUUGUCAACAUUUUUAUCUUUUUCUUUCAUUCUUUUAUUUUGUUAAAGAAAUCAACCUUUUUAAUAUUAAAGUGCCCUAUACAAUGUAUUGUGAAACUGGUAGAGAGAUUUAGAUCUCAGUGCAUUGAUUUAUAUGUGUAUAAUUUUCUUAAAUUGUCAGAAAUUGCCUGAUACCUUUCAUAUGAAUUGAACAUUUCUUUUAGAACAGUUCAGACACAUAAAGCAUCUGGCGGUCGCAUGUACUUGCACAAUCCUUUGACAGCCCGCCCGCUUAGCUCAGUAGGUAGAGCGUUGGUCUAAGGAUCGCGGGGUCGUGAGUUCGAUCCUCGGGCGGGGAGUAUGUUCUCCGUGACUAUUUGAUAAACGACAUUCUGUCUGAAAUCAUUAGUCCUCCACCUCUGAUUCAUGUGGGGAAGUUGGCAGUUACUUGCGGAAAACAGGUUUGUACUGGUACAGAAUCCAGAAACACUGGUUAGGUUAACUGCCCACCGUUACAUGACUGAAAUACUGUUGAAAAAUGGCGUUAAACCCAAAACAAACAAACAAUCCUUUGACUGAUGCACAUGAGAUGUAUAGCAAUAUCUAAAGCAGUUGUAAUGCUUUUUCUUUGAAGUUUCUUCUUUUUUUAUUUGAAUAUAACAGAAUGACAAAAUACUGUGCACUAUUGAAUACACCAGAAAACUAAUUUUUCGAAGGAAUUAGAAAACUCUUUAAGGAGCUCAGUACAAAAUUACAAUCAAUAUAUUCUAAAAUUCCAACUGAGAUUUUCAGUACAACUAGUUAUUAAAUGAAUUUAAAAAUAUUAUAAGAAUGAUAUCAGUCAGAUUUGGAGAUUUUAGUCAAGGCCUGUAUUAAUAAGGUUGGUUCUUUUUUAUGGGAGUCGGUCAUUGGCUAUCUGUCCAUGGUCUAAAAUUUGGUCUCUGAAACAAUAGGUUGACUUGUGGAGCAUUCCUCCUGUUUGUUUUAUUUUGGAUGUUUGUAACUGUAGCCAAGUGACAUUCAACUAGAUUCACCUUUAUUUUUCCUCUAAAAUUGCAUUUUUUCCCUCUAGAAUUGCAUUAACAAUGGACGUUUCAUAUUAUGGCAUCUUUGAAUUUAUUGUUCUAAUAUUUGUCCAAUGGGUUUAUUUAAAGGCCUAACUUUAGUUAUGUGUCCCUGAGAAACUGCAGUAUGAAUCGGCACAGUACUUUUUCACUGUCAUUCUUUAGAUUUCAACCACUUUUAAAGGUUGUUUGAUUUCUGUGUAAAUUCAGGGAAAAAAGUAAUUUUUAAAAACUUUAGAAUACAUUUUUCAGCCAACCGUUAUACUUGCUGUUUUUAGAAUCAAUUCUGUAGCUGUUUUUUAGUGUUUAAACUUUGUUGUGCUGCACCUCUUGAACAAUAUAUGAAAUUAUAGUUUUAAACUUUGAAAUAUCAUGAAUAUUCUGCCUUUGCUUCCUUCCGUCCAUCUUACAUGGGUCUUCUUGUGUUAUUUUGCAUGUAGAACAUAUCAAUUACUGUUACUUUGAUAUUGCUGUUAGCAAUCAAAAUUUUCUUAUUUUCUUGUUAUUGAGAUGGUUGUAUUUUUAUUCUUAAUAAAUUGAUUUAUCAAGA